CUUCAUGGACGGGAGGUGGGGGCCGCUCCCAGAUUACUUGUGGAGAAGGAGGGAGCCUGGCGCAGUGUUUGUUUAUUUCUCAGACCGACUGCUUUUGCCUUCCUGUUUUCAUCACGCCGCAUUGCCUCAGACAGAUAGCAGUGAUGGAAGCGGCCCCAGCAGUGAUUUCCUGCUGGCGGGGGACUUCCUCCAUUGUGGGACACUGUCAUCGGCCACGUGCAGGGCACGGACUGGGUGAGGUGUUUGCUACCUGUGAGAAGUAGCUUAUCCUCGUGCUUGCCCCCACUGUGAUACUACCGCGCUGCAGUGGGACACUUGGAGCGCAGGUUGUCCGGGUGGAGACCACCCAGCCCCAUGAAGUUCCUCUGCACCGCCUUUGCCCGUCUGUACAGGGGUGAGGGAAGGGGGACAGGAGGUCAUGUUACAUUGCCGAAGUGGCUCCUCAUUUUCUGGCUUUUCCACAUACAAAGAAGCCUUCAAAUCUUGGUUGUUAGGACGGGGUUUGGGUAUACUCAAAAAGCAGCAGUGGUGGCUACCUGAACGGGAGAGUCAUGAACGCGGAAGACAAAACCCUCUGGUCAAAACCAAGUUUUGACAUCAGUUUUGUCGAAAAAGAACUUUCUUCGGGUUCGCCCACGCUGGUGUUUCUCACAUCUGUUGGUGGGGUUUCCACGGCUUGGGGGAGGGCUGGUUCAGUAAUGAAAACCUCCCGUCAGCAGUGUGUCAAAUGUGGGAAUUCCCGUAGCGCGCUGGAGUGUCAGCCAUGCCUUCCCUGCGGUUUCCGCUCAUGCCAGCCACGACAGAUGUCUGGGAAGUGUGGCAGUGUCCCUCUCGCACAUUGGAGACUGAAAUGAGAAGAUGGGGUGCACGCAGCAGAGGAGCGGGGAUGGAUCAGGAGACCCCAUCCUGCCCUUUAUUCCCAGUGAGUAGUAGAGGGGAGAAGGGCGAAGGAAGUCGUCUGUAGCUCGUUUUCAGAGAAAGGAGGCAGCUCAGGGGAUGCCUCUGAAGGAGCUGCUGCUUCCGUAAUUGCCACUGGCCGCUGCUCAGUCCCGCGGAAACCUCAUCCCUGUGGACAGGCCACCUUGAAUCCCGGUGCCUGGAGGCCGAGGCUGUGGCGGCCAACAUGGAUUUUCUCUUCAUCUGCCCCAUUCUGCUGGCGCUGCUGCUGUCCCGGGGCAGCUUCGCAGACCUGGAAAAACAGAGGGUGGACUCCGGCUUGGAAAUCUAUAAGAAGCUGUUUGAGGUGAAGCGCAAGGACCAGAUGAACGCGCUGAAGAACCUGAUCGAGCUCAAUGACAUCAACCAGCAGUACAAAAUCAUCGACAUCAUGCUCAAGGGACUCUUCAAAGUGCUGGAGGACUCCCGUGCUGUGCUCAUCGCUGCCGACGUGCCUCCAGACGGGCCUUUCCCUCAGGACGAGAAGAUAAAGGAUGCAUACUCCCACGUGGUGGAGAACACCGCCUUCUUCGGGGACGUCGUCCUGCGCUUCCCCAAGAUCGUGCACCACUACUUCGACCGCAACUCCAACUGGAACAGCCUCAUCCGCUGGGGCAUCGGCUUCUGCAACCUGACGGGCGUGUUCGAGCAGGGACCCCACUCCCAGGUCCUGGGGCUGAUGGCUCAGGAGCUGGGAAUCAGCGAGAAAUCACCCGAUUACCGCAAUCCCUUUAAAACGGACCACUCCGAGUUUUUCCCCAGUGCUGACACCUUUCAGAAGGCGCUGCGGGAGGAGGAGAAGCGGAGGAAGAAGGAGGAGAAGCGGAAGGAGAUCCGCAAGGGCCCGCGCAUCUCCCGCUCGCAGUCGGAGCUGUAGCGUGUGGGGGCUCGUGCCUCGCGGCGGGGGCGAUGCCGACGGGACGGGGAGCGGCUCCCUCCCUCUCGGCAGCCUCGGGCCGGUGCCCGGCGGUCCCCUUUCUGUUUGUGCCGUGGGUUUUGUUUUGUUGCCUUUCCCUUUCGUUCGGUGGGGGCCGGGCGGCAGUGCCGGUGGGCUGCCCCAAUGGGGCUGGGGGGAGCUGAAGUGGGGUACCCCUUCCCCAGAGCCAAAGCACAGACGGGAAGGCAGCAGGGCUGUCCCCUGGGCUGGUGGGGGGCUGUCACCCGUGGUGGGGGAGGGCAAGGGGGACACGCUGCUGCUGAGCCCCGCGGGGAGCCCCGGGAGCCCUCCCCUCCGCAGCACAGCGUGCCCCAGGCUGAACGUGCCUCCUCCGUCGUGGGUGGGCUGGGGAGCGUGUCACGCCAAACAGCCUCACGAGCAAUGCUGCUUCUCUCAGUU